GUGUUCGAACUAAAACAAAUGCUUUUCCACUGCUAAUUGCAGGCCAUACUGGUCCUGAAUUAAUCUCUAUCCUUAAAGUCUUUGAUAGCCACCGACUCCAACUCCAGCUCAAACCUAUGUUGGAUUCGUUUCGAAACUCUUCCAAGCUUCCCAAGAAGCAACAAAAUCAAGAAAAAGAAUGGUUAGGGUCGAGUUUCAGGGCAGAGAACUUCAUUCCAGGUCUUGUUAUUGGUUUCAUAUUGGGUUUGCUUUUUGAUUUAUCAAAGGCCAGUGGAAACCAGACAAAUGCAAAGAGAAAAUGGUCGUCAAGCAAGCUCCAAACCCAAGAUUUGGUCUUAAAUAGUGGUGAUCAAGAACUUAAAAUGGUUCUGGUAGUUAGACUAGACCUGAAGAUGAAAUCAGGAAAGAUUGCAUCUCAAUGUGCUCAUGCUGCCACAGGCAUGUAUGCAGAACUUAUGCAAAGCCGCCGAUCCCUUUUGAAACAAUGGGAGCAAUGCGGGCAGCCAAAAAUAGUUCUCACCUGCAAGAACCAACAAGAAAUGAAUAAACUGAAGGAAGAGGCUGACGGCAUUGGCCUUCCUACUUUUGUUGUUGCUGAUGCUGGGCGAACACAGGUUUCGUCAGGCUCAAGAACUGUUCUGGCCAUUGGACCCGCAGGACCAAAAGUCAUUAUAGAUUCAGUGACGGGAAAACAAAAUCUGCUUUGAACUUGUAAGGAGGGGUCUAUUUUAACUGGCUUACAACUGUUAGCUGAUUUAAGCGCAAGUAUGGUUCUAUCAUGAAGAGAACAAUUUCUUAACUCUUCAAAGGUGAUUUGUAGCCAAACUGGAAGAUGUCUACAUAUCAGGUUUUCUUUUUAUUUCAACACACUCUGUUCCUUAAGUAGAAAGCUCCCAUUCUGGAGUAAGAGAAGGUAUGAUUUUUAUUGUAUUAAAUUGUAUGCAAUUUAGGUAUCUUAACGAUGAAGAAGAGCUGAAUUGUAUGUUAAACUGAAACCAUUAACAAACUAGAUGAAAAGUGUGGAAAUUUUUCCUUUUUUCGUCGGUUCAGUUGUGACAUUGGAAUUCCAUAACUUUUAUAUUAAUGAUGAA